UUCGGUCUGUCUGUCAGUCAACCAAACAAACAGGAGCUAAGAUAACCUAUAAUUUGGAUGUGGUUUCAAAGUUAACAGAAUACCCAAAAUUAAAACAAUAUUUACUGGCAGAAUUUUAAAUCCAGUGAUUUCAAAAUGAAGCUCAUAACGCAUAACAUGUUAACAUCGAAGUGCUUAAAAGGUGUCAUGACUGGAUAUCCUCUGGCUAUAAAUGCUACAGAUGUAAAAGUAACAGAAAUUGACUUUAAUCCAGAAUUUAUAACGCGUGUUAUUCCGAAAUUGGAUUGGGAAGUUCUCUGGGCAGCUGCCAAUAGUAUUGGCCAUGGUGAUGGUCUACCCAAAACUUUAGAACCAAAAUACGAAGAAAAUGAAGAAUUUUUGAAGAAAGUACACAAAGUCUUACUGGAAGUAGAGGUUGAAGAAGGAAAUCUCACUUGCCCAGAAUCCGGCAGACAGUUUCCCAUCUCCAAGGGAAUUCCAAAUAUGUUGUUGACAGAAGCAGAAGUACAAUAAACCUAUUUAUAAUUUACGCUUUUAAGUUUUCUUUUAAAUUACUAAGUAAUUAUUUUUUUUAAUGUUAGCAUUAUAACUGUACAGAGAAAUGAGUGUACAUAAUAUUUAACUUUGAUUGCAACAAUAAAUAUUUUGUUCCAAACAGGAAUUUAUUUAA